GCGGUAAAUCUGAGAGUUGCCGACACUUUCAUUGAUUCAUCACCCCAUCUUUUUGUUGAUUCUCGUUCCUCAUACAAAACCCACUUUUUUAAACAUUUUUAGCUUGUUAGUUUUAAUCCCAGGUCGUUGUUUUUAAUCAAUGUAAGCUUAAUCGUCACCAUGUCACCUACCCUUCAAUUAUUAAAUUCUUUAUUUAUUAGUUGAAGAAGUAGGUUCUUGAUCUUUUGGCGCUACUUACAUCUUUUUCAAAAAGAUGAUCAUGUGCGUGCUUGAAUUACAUAUCUAUACAAAUCUUAGGUGAAUUUGUGGAGCAUUUAAUUUGUCUGCUGGUUGGAUUCUGUAAAAUUUGUUGAAAGAAAGAAAAAAAUUGGCAAAUUUGGAUGGUUUGAAUCUGGAAUUAGGAGAAUGACAGUUGAGGAUGUUAUCAACAAAAAUGUUUUGGUUGGUAUUCGAUUCGAUGGACAUACCAAGGAGCUUCUUGAUUGGGCUCUUGUGAAAGUUGCUGAUCCUGGAGACCGCGUCAUUGCACUUCAUGUCUGUCGAAAUUCGGCACCACAUUCAAGUUUGAAGGAGGAUUUGGAUGGUAUUCUUGACGAGUAUGAUGGACUAUGCUUAAAAAGGAAGAUAGAUCUUACUGGAGAAGUCUUGAAAGGGUCUUCUAUUCGAAAAGUCAUAGUGAGAGAAGCGAAAAGUCGAGCAGCCAUGGCUGUAAUUGUGGGGAUUAGUAAACCUCACACUAUUGGGGGUUGGGCUUCUCUUGCUAAAUACUGUGCAAAGAACCUGCCUAUCACUACUGAAGUCCUGGCCUUCCAUAAAGGGAAGGUUGUCUUUAGAAGGUCUGCCACUGAUGACUCACCGAGUUUUCUAAGAGACCCUAAGCCAAGUAUCUGUUUGAUUAAAACCCCCACCUCAAGAGAUGGGCAAUCUGAGUUUGGUGACUCUGAGUUAUCAGAAAUAGGAAGGAACAGUCAUGAGGGGAUUUUGAGUUGUGAAGAUGGAUGGCGAGAGUCGAAAUAUGAAGACUUGGGAUCUUUUGAAAGACAUAGAAAAUCUCUGAGUGCACUCUCAACCUCCUCGGACUUUGUUCAGCAGAGGCCUGGUUGGCCUUUACUUCAAGCAGCUAGUAUAUCAAGUCCGCCAAUUCAUGAAGCCAGGAAAAUGUCUGUGGUCAGCUGGGUUAUGAGCCUACCCAACAGGUCUUCCUCGCCAGGAACACCAGGAUCCAACUCAAGUUUGGAUUCAGUCAAGACAGAGUUUUUCCUAGGAAGAGAGAGCAGCAACCUAGGGAACAGUGGUGACUAUGAUGAUAGUUCAAAGGGAAGUUGUGAGAUACCAGAAGCUCUCGAGCUUCUCAAAACAAACUCAUCUAGUAGCAAGUGGUUCAGUUAUGAUGUUCUGAAAUCCUCCACUUGUCAAUUCUCUUCAGGACAUAUUAUUGGAAAAGGCGGGUGUAAUUCUGUGUAUAAGGGUAUUCUUUCGGAUGGCAAAGCGAUAGCUGUGAAGAUUUCUAAGUCUUCUAGAGAAGCAUGGGAGGAUUUCUCUCAAGAGGUUGAUAUAAUGACCUCUCUGAAUCAUAAAAACAUAACGCCUCUACUUGGUGUUUGUGUGGAAGAAAAGAAUUUAUAUUCCGUGUAUGAUUAUAUGGCCGGAGGAGAUUUAGAGGAAAAUCUUAACAACAAGAACAAAGUUUUAUCAUGGGACACAAGGCUUGAAAUAGCUCUUGGUAUAGCUGAAGGUUUAAACUACCUGCAUAAUGAGUGUUCUCAACCUGUCAUCCAUAGAGAUGUCAAAUCUUCAAACAUUCUGCUCACCAAAGAUUAUAAACCGAUGAUAUCUGAUUUUGGGCUUGCGAUAUGGGCACCUACAAAUUCAACAUUCAUCACUCAUACUGAUGUAGUAGGAACAUUCGGCUAUCUGGCGCCAGAAUAUUUUAUGUAUGGGAAAGUCAGUGACAAGGUUGAUGUGUAUUCUUUCGGUGUGGUUCUUCUUGAAUUGUUAUCUGGGAAGAAGGCAAUUGGUUUCGAGUCACCAAAGGGUCAAGAAAGCUUGGUGAUGUGGGCAAAAGAAAAAUUGGAGAGUGGAGAUCUAAUCAGCGUAUUGGACCAAAAUUUAGAAAAUAAUGUUGACAAGGAUCAAAUCCAGAGGUUAGCACUUGCUGCAAUUCUCUGUCUCAGAAGAUCAGCACGAAUUCGUCCUAAAAUGAGCCAGAUUCUGAAGAUCUUAAGAGGGGAGAAAGAUGUAGAAUAUAGAUCUGAAGAUCAAAAUUAUUGUGAUGAUCAAAUGAAUAACGAUGAUGAAGUUUAUCCAGAGUCAAGUGUGGAGUCGCAUAUAAGUCUUGCAUUACUUGAUGUCGAUGAAGACUCAGUAUCCUUGAGCAGCACGGGACAAAGUAGCAGCCGUUCACUGGAAGCAUACUUGAAAGGAAGAUGGAGUAGAUCAUUAAGCUUAGACUAGUGCUCUAGUAACUUUUAUUUCUUAAUAUUAACUUCCGCUAAUUCUGCAGUUAUAUUAGCCUGCUGAAUUUGUAACUUGAUCAUGUACAUAUUAGGUUCAAAUGCACCCUGGAACACUGGUGUGCUUUAGCGAAGUAGAAAGUAAACUUUUUGUGGCAAUGUGUGUUAACAAAUGCCACCAAAUAAAUGCAGCUGUUUUUAUUUCGAGAUAAAUAGAACCAUAAUAUUUGAUA